UUGUUAAAACGAAGCUAAAAGAGACCGCUGGGAUUAUAGGAUUACGGACAGAGUUAGGGAAACAUGUGGCUUUGUCAUUCGCCAUCAUUUUGAACGCUGCCACAUUGCAAGUGGUGCAAGUGGUUCAGUUUGUGCGUGUUGUCUUGUCUGUCAACCCUUCUCCCUUCCCCCCACCCCCUGUCGACACUCCGACCCUUUCCCAAAGUGGGUGCACAAUAGUCUGUUCUCGACUGUGUAUCUGAACACCAGCUUCUCACUUCAGCCAAAGCAAAAGGGACGCUACCACUUUUCCUUGGAUUACCAAAUCCAAUGAGAAGCUGCUACUCAGGCAUUCUUAAAUCAACUCAUGCAGAAAAAGGAGAAAAGUUUUGGUAUACAAAUGCUCUCAGUCCAGCCAGACACCAAGCCGAAAGGUUGUGCUGGCUGCAACCGUAAAAUCAAGGACCGAUAUCUCCUGAAGGCCCUGGACAAAUAUUGGCAUGAAGACUGUCUGAAGUGUGCUUGCUGUGAUUGUCGGUUGGGAGAGGUGGGCUCCACCCUGUACACUAAAGCAAACCUUAUCCUUUGUCGCAGAGACUAUCUGAGGUUAUUUGGUGUAACGGGAAAUUGUGCUGCUUGCAGUAAGCUCAUUCCUGCUUUUGAGAUGGUGAUGAGAGCCAAGGACAAUGUUUACCACCUGGACUGCUUUGCAUGUCAGCUUUGUAAUCAAAGAUUUUGUGUCGGAGACAAAUUUUUCUUAAAGAAUAACAUGAUCCUUUGCCAGACGGACUAUGAGGAGGGUUUGAUGAAAGAAGGUUAUGCACCCCAGGUUCGCUGAUCUAUCAACGUCACCCCACUAAGAAUACAAAGCACUACAUUCUUUUAUCUUUUUUGCUCAAAAUGUAUAUAAGAAUUGACACAGGAACUUAUUGGAUAGCAUAGAUAUAGAAAAACAGGAUGAUCGUGUGGAAUAAAAGGAGGACUGCAACUGUAUGUAGUGAAAUUGCUCCCGUUCAGAGUUGAAUGUUUAUUAUUAAAAAACAAAAGGUAAUGUACAUAUCGUCAGAUUCUCUUGCUUGCUCUUUGUUUUGUGUCAUUUGGCAUGAGAUGUUUAUUUUGGACUAUUGUAUAUAAUGUAUUGUAAUAUUUGAAGCACAAAUGUAAUACAGUUUUAUUGUGUUACCAUUUGUGUUUGGUUUUGCUUCUUUGUAUUGUUGCAUUUAGUACAAUCAGUGUUUAAACUUCUUGUAUAUUUAUGCUUUCUGUAUCUACCAGCUAUUUUAAAUGAGCUGUAACUUUCUAUUCAAAACAUUAAAGGGUAAAUCCCAGUAAAUGCUACACACAUAGAUAAAGCAAGUCUAUCUAUGUUAAAUAUUUAAGAAAACAAAAGUAUUCUAGCAGCAUCCACUACUACUGCCACUAUGAUGAAGGGUCUUGUCAGUGUUUUCCUUAUAAGACCCCUAUUUUCAGGGGCUUAAAGAUCAGCUUUUGAAAAAAUGCAUAAAAGUUUCAUCUAAAAGUAAUUUUAUUUUUUGUCCACUUGGAGAAAGUGGCAUUUUUACAAUGUAUCUUUAAAUCAUGAAAAUACUUAUUAAUGAUUUUGGAUUCUUGUGCUCAACCCUCUUAAUAUGUUUCAUGAUUUUUGCCAGCCUUUAGUCCCCUUUACAAACUAGUGCCUUUGGUUGUCAUGUAUUUUUUCCCAAAGGAUUAAUUUAGAAAAAUGUUACUACCACAGUGUAGUAACUUAGAAAAAUAUCAAAGUUCUUGUAAAAACUUAAAGUAACACGUUACCCUUGAUUUUUACACACAAUCUGAGGUCUUUUAAAAAAUAUUUAGAAUUGCACAUAAAUUUGCUGAAGUCUUAUUUCUAUACAGCGAAGCCAUGGCAUCCUCUCAGCAGUGUUACUUAUGUCUCAGAACUGGAUAAUGUCUAUUAAGACCAAUUGAAAGAAGAGAAACAAAGAUUGGAUAAAACACUAUAAAACUGGUUAUAUUUUAUUCUGCAUUCUACCAUCCUUUUAACAUUCCAAACAGAUCACUUUUAAACUUGUUCCUCACCCUGCCGACUGUUUUUAUUUAAAUUUAAAGCAACUAUUCACUCAAAAUUCAUCACAGAGACACUGGAAAUCUGUCAUUCCUUUUUUUUUUUAAGGAGUGAAAUAUUGUUUCUAGGCUUACCUCAUAGUUUGCAAGUAAACAGGUUUAUAGAAGACAGAACAAUUAUGGAAGAUGUGAAGACAUGAUCUCCUCUUGGGUGGGAUUCAUUCCAUUCAGUCACUAAAGCUGUUCUCACACAGGCACAAUGAAGCAUAUAAUUUGCGAAAGCAAAUGUGGUGCUAUUAACAUUUUGUUUUUGUUUUGCUGUGCCUAUAGAGUGAAUUUAGGUUUUACAAAGAUGUUUAAUCCUACAAAUAUACAAAGAAUGGAAGUUAAGGGUAAUGAAUGCAUCUUAUAUCUGUUUUGUUUUGCUUUGUUUUGGUCAAAAGUAUAUUUUCAGACUGCUAGUCUGGAUGUGAGGUGUUUGAGAACUUGAAUUUAAAGCAAAGCUUCAUAAUCAGUGUGCAUUUAAAUCUGGAGGAAAUAUACACAUGUACACAUUUUCUCAAUACUUGCCAAAGGUUAUUUUAAAGAGAAGUUAAUACUUUGGAAAAUGAAGAUAAGCGUUUUAAUCAUAUUUCAUAGUAAAUAGUUAUGCAUUGAAUAUCACAAAAGUGUAAUUAGUACAGAGACUAAAAUUCCAGGUGAAAGUUACUUACUCUAUGAAGAGAGAGACUUUUCUGGAAAGAAGGGAAGAAGUGGCUUUCAUAAUAUUGCCAUGUUAUUCUUGUUGGAGAGUUAUUUGAGGUAACAUUAAAUCUAAUAUUGACUUUCACAAUGUAAAUUAUUUUACAUAUUGUUAAUAUAUCAAAAUACCUAAGGUAAAUUGUGAGCAAGCUUCAUCUUGUUGUAGAAGACAUUCCUGUAACAGAUGGAUCGUUGGACUAGAUUGGCCUCUCAGGUCUCUUCUGAUUCUUUCAUCUAAUUUUAGGUACUCACUGCCAAAAGGCCAAACUUAUUUCUCCUUUUUACUUCUUUUCUAGUACUUCAAAAUUCUUAUACUUAUGAGGAAAAUAGAUGAACUGAAUUAUUUAUUAUACCCUCAAUAUGAAUAAAUUAAGAUCUUAAUCUUAGAAACUUAAUUUCAGAGAAUUUACACAUCGACUCCUUAGGUCAGCAUCCACCUUUCACCUUUAAUGGUGACUUUUUUUUAAACCUUGUCCAACCAGGUUGUCUACGGUACACUAUUCAGAUUCACUGGAUUGUGGCAAGUUUCCUCUUUACUUUGUCUUAUGUAGAUUUCACAUUACACUUCAUUUUCCAAUCCUCCAGUACUAGAAUCCACUUAGUUUUGUUUUGUUUUUUAAAGAAAAGACAGUUCCAUUCACAACAUAUUUCUUAUAAAAUCUUUAUGUUGAAGGAUCAGGGAAGCUCCACGUCUCAAGAACACUGACCAAGUUAUAAGCUAAAAUGUUUGUAAUUUUACUUUCAUUUUGCUUAAUAAAUAUCUUCUGAUCUCUUUCAUCCAUUUUUAUACUUGGAUUUAUGCUUUUAAUAAAAAGGUUAUAACACUG